AUGUCUACUACUUGUCAGGGUUGGAAUUUUACCUCUAAUCAGGACUCGGAUGAGGAUGGCCGUAUUAUUCUUAUUUGGAAGGAUACAGUUGAUGUUACCAUUAAGCUUCUCACCCGUCAGUCCAUUACCUGCGAAGUUAAGCUACCUUAUGGGGAUCAGUUCUAUUAUACUGCGAUUUAUGCAUCCAAUUUAACAGAAGAGAGAUCGAACCUAUGGGUCAAAUUAUUGGAUGCUUUUCAGUACCUCAAGCUUGAUAUGUAUCCGUGGUUGGUUGGCGGAGAUCUAAAUCAAAUUGUGCACCCUAUAGAGCAUUCAGAUCCUAACUUUGUCUCCAACUUUCCUCAAAGUUCAGCUGCUUUCUUGCCUCCUCUAAUCUCUGACCAUUUCCCCUGUAUGCUUAAUCAAGCAGUGCCCUUGCCAACGGUUGGAACUCGUCCCUUCAAGUUCUUCAAUUACUUAACAAAGCAUCUGAGUUUCUUGCAAGUGGUGUUUGAUGCUUGGGCUCAACUUGAACUCAGACGUUUUACUCUAUCAAAUCUCUGUUGGAAGCAAAAACUAAUCAGAGGAGCUCUAAAACAACUCAACAGGGAUAAUUUUUCUCAAAAUCAAGUGAGGGUUUCAGAGGCUUACCAUCAACUACAAGUAAUUUAG